CCCCUCCUCGCUCAGUCUCCGCCGCAGUCCUCUAUCGGGAGAGUUGCCCUGCUCGGAAGAGGAGUUGGGAACCUCUUCCCCGCACGAUCCAGGGCGCGUCCUGCGCGGGCCACGCAGGUGACCCAGCUCUGGCGCCAUCGCCAGCUCUGCCUGACACCUGGACUGCACCCCGGCUUGAGGUGUGCUGCUCUGAAGUAAGAUGACUUAUCCAAAACUAUAUGUGGCUUUGUUACACUGGGAAUUUAUCUAUGUGAUCACUGCACUUAAUGCAACAUAUCCAAUUACCUCCUGGAAAUUUAAAUUGUCUUGUAUACCACCCAAGACAACCUACAGUUCCCUCUUACCUGAUGGAAUCUCAAAUCACAGUUCAAAUAGGAAUGGACAUUAUGAGGCCCUUGUUGAAGCCAAGUUGAAUUCAAGUAAUACCUACGUUUCUAACUUGUCACCGAAACCAACUUUCCACUGUUGCUUUGAAAAUGAGGAAGACAACAUCUGUUCUGUCCAUGCAGACAACACUGAAGGGAAGACGUUUAUCUCCACAGUUAAUUCUUUAGUUUUUCAACAAAUAGGCGCAAACUGGAACAUACAGUGCUGGAUGAAAGAGGACUUGAAAUUAUUCAUUUGUUAUAUGGAAUCCAGAUUUAAGAAUCCUUUCAAGAACUAUGGCCUUGAAGGUCAUAUCUUUGCUGCUCUGCUUCAAGUCUUAGAAGAGUCACUUCCGACCUCCCAGGAAGGCAAUUUUCAGCCUGUCCAGUGCAACUGCAGUGCUCAUGAAUGUUGUGAAUGCCAGGUGCCUGUGCCAGCCGCCAGACUCAACGAUACUCUUCUUAUGUAUUUGAAAAUAGUGUCUGGUGGAGUCAUUUUUCAGUCCCCUCUAAUGUCUGUUCAGCCCAUAAAUGUCGUGAAGCCUGAUCCACCAUUUGAUCUACUUAUGAAAAUCACAGACACUGGUAAUUUAAUGAUUUCUUGGUCCAGCUCAACAUUGGUACCUUUUCAACUUAAAUAUCAAGUGAAGUAUUCAGAGAAAUCUACAACAAGUCAGAGACAAGCUACCAAGACAGUCUCAGCUACAUCUCUGAUAGUGAAGGGUGUGCUUCCUGGCUCUUCAUACGAGGUUCAGGUGAGGAGCUGUCGAAUGGAUGGCCCGGGAUUUUGGAGUGAUUGGAGCAGUCCAUUUACCUUUACCACAAAAGAUAUCAUAUACUUUCCACCUAAAAUUCUGACAAGUGUUGGGUCAAAUGUUUCUUUUCACUGCAUCUACAAAAGUGAAAAUAAGAUCGUUCCCUCGAAGAAAAUUAUAUGGUGGAUGAAUCUAGCUGAGCAAAUUCCUCCAAGCCAGUAUAAUUCUCUGGGUGACCAUGUGAGCAAAGUUACUUUCCUCAAUCUGAAUGCAACGAAACCUCGCGGGAAGUUCACCUACGACGCCGUGUACUGUUGCGAUGAAUAUGAAUGCCACCACCGCUACGCUGAAUUAUAUGUGAUUGAUGUCAAUAUCAAUAUAUCAUGUGAAACUGAUGGGUACUUAACUAAAAUGACUUGCAGAUGGUCAACCAAUGCACUCCAAUCACUUGUGGGAAGUUCUUUGCAGCUGAGGUAUCACAGGAGCAGCCUUUACUGUUCUGAUGCACCAUCUAUCCACCCCGUAUCUGAACCCCAAGAUUGCCACUUGCAGAGAGAUGGUGUAUAUGAAUGUGUAUUUCAGCCAAUCUUUCUGUUAUCUGGCUACACAAUGUGGAUCCACAUCAACCACUCUUUGGGGUCACUUGAUUCUCCACCAACAUGUGUCAUUCCCGAGACUCUGGUGAAGCCAUUGCCUCCAUCUAGCGUGAAAGCAGAAAUAACUGUAAAAAUUGGACUAUUGAAAAUAUCUUGGGAAAAACCAGUAUUCCCAGAGAAUAAGCUUCAAUUCCAGAUUCGCUAUGGCUUAAAUGGGAAAGACAUACAAUGGAAGAUAUUUGAAGUCUAUGAUGCAAAAUCCAAAUCAGCCAGUCUUGCCGUGCCAGAGCUGUGUGCAGUCCAUGCUGUCCAGAUGCGCUGUAAGAGGCUGGACGGACGGGGAUACUGGAGUGAUUGGAGCACUCCAGUCUACACAGUCGUCAUGGACAUAAGAGGUCUGCAGAGCGUUUUUCCGACAAGAGGCCCUGACUUUUGGAGAAUAACGCCGGAAGAUACCAAUAACAAGGAGAGAAAUGUCACUUUACUUUGGAAGCCCCUUAUGAAAAGUGACUCAUUGUGCAGUGUGCGACAAUACGUGAUCAAGCAUCACACCUUCCAUAAUAGAACAUGGUCAGAAGAUGUGGGAAAUCACACUAAGUCCACCUUUCUUUGGACAGAGCCAGCACAUACGAUCACAGUUCUGGCUGUCAAUUCAAUUGGUGCUUCUUUGGCAAAUUCUAAUUUAACAUUCUCACGGUCUAUGAGCAAAGUAAACACUGUGCAGUCACUCAGUGCCUAUCCUUUAAACAGCAGUUGUGUGGUCCUUUCCUGGAUGUUAUCACCCAGUGAUUACAAUCUGAUGUAUUUUAUUGUUGAGUGGAAAAUGCUCAGUGAAGACAGUGAACUAAAAUGGCUUAGAAUCCCUCCAUCUGUUAAGAAGUAUUAUAUCCAUGAUCAGUUUAUCCCGAUUGAGAAAUACCAGUUCAAUCUUUACCCGGUAUUUGUGGAAGGAGUAGGGAACCCGAAGAUAAUUUACAGUUUUACCCAAGAUGAUAUUGAGACACACCAGAAUGAUGCAGGUCUCUAUGUGAUUGUGGCAAUAAUUAUUUCCUCUUCAGUCUUACUGCUUGGGACAUUAUUAAUAGCACGUCAAAGGAUGAAAAAGCUGUUUUGGGAAGAUGUUCCAAACCCCAAGAAUUGUUCCUGGGCACAAGGGCUUAAUUUUCAGAAGCCAGAAACCUUUGAGCAUCUUUUUAGCAAGCAUACAGAAUCAGUGGCAUCUGGCCCUCUUCUUCUGGAGCCUGAAACCAUUUCAGAAGAUAUCAGUGUUGAUACAUCCUGGAAUGGUAAGGAUGAGAUGAUCCCAGCAGCUGAGACUCCUCUACUUUUGACCACUUCAGAUCUUGAAAAGGGUUCUACUUGUAUUAGUGACCAAUAUAACAGGGCUAACUUGUCUGAGGCUGACAGUCCUGAGGAAAACUGUGAGGAGGAAGACAGGAGACAGCCUUCUGUUAAAUAUGCCACCCUGGUCAGUACCUCUAAGUCAAGUGAAAUUGUUGAAGAGCCAGGGUCCAUAAAUAGUUCAAUCAGCAAAUGCUUCUCUAGCAAAAAUUCUCUGACAAAGGACUCUUUCUCUAAUAGCUCAUGGGAGACUGAAACCCAGGAAUUUUGUCUGUUAUCUGAUCAACAUUCUCAGACAAUCUCACCACACUCUACAUUCUCAGAAUUGGAUGAACUUUUGAAAUUUGAGGGACAUUUUCCUGAAGAGAGGAACGAUGAAAGAUCUGUCUAUUAUUUAGGAGUCACCACUAUCAAAAAAAGAGAAAAUAGUGUGUUUGUGACUAAGGAAUCAAGAAUGUUGAACCCAUUCCCAGCCCGCUGUCUAUUCAACGACAUCAGAAUUCUGCAGGAAAGUUGCUCCCGCUUUGUAGAGAAGAACUACACUUUGGGAACCUCCAGCCAGAAGCCAUUUGUUUCCUACAUGCCUCAGUUCCAGACCUGUUCCACUCAAACUCAGAAGAUAACAGAAAACAAGAUGUGUGACUUAACUGUUUAAUUAUGUUCUGGAACUCUGUUAAGAGUAUGCUGUAAAGAGUAGAAUUUAAUACUUUCCACUGUAGUGAUGGAUGUGGAAGAGAAAAGGAAAACUUUGCAAUUUUGACAAUGAUUACUCCCAAGUGAAAAUGUAUUCUUUGUGUUCACCAUGUAAUAAAAAAAAAGAAAGAAAAAGUCAGGAAGCCUUCACAAAUCUAUAAAUGCAAAGGGAUUGUCCAAGGAUUCUACUUGCAAAUUAUAGUGAAAAGGUUUCUCUCUCUAGUAGAAAUAAGUUCAACUACUAUCACCAUGUGAGUACUACAUCACGUAGAGAGACCUACUCUUUCUAAUUAUGCCUACAUCUGAAAAAGGCUUCAGACUAGCACUUGUGAAAAAUAACUCUUAUUCCAAAGGUGUGGUUAUUUUAUCUUGAGUUUUUUUUGUUAUAAACUAAUUUACACACACACACACACACACAAAUUUCUACCUAUGAGACAUCUUUGUGGACUUUACAAUUAAGUGAUGUAUUUGUAUUUGUACUACUGUGUCUUGUGAUUUGAAGACUUAAACUUAACAAACUUGCCUGGAGCCAUUCCUCUAGAGUAGACACUCCACUAAAGUUGCAGAUAAAUCAGAGAUUUAGCACUGCCCUAGACCACAUAUUUAUGAAGAUUGGCAAGUGUAUCAAGACUAGAUGUGUACAUAAAGCCACCCACUAGAAUGGUAGUACCACAGAAAGUAUCUCAACAAUAAUACACUUUUAGAAAAUAUUUGUCUUUACUCUUCUCUAUAAAAGAUGUUCUAGAAAAAUAUUCAAUUUUUGAGAUAAGAUUGCCAAAUGUCACUAUCAUUUUUGUAUUCUUGCCUUCCCCCACUCCACUUAACAUUUACACUUAAGAAUUCUCUCUACAGACAAACCAAACUCAGUAGUAAAACUUUCCAUACUUUUAUUCAUUUGAUUAUUAUGAUUUGGUUAUUAGACACCUUUUAAAGUUGGUGGAUGGAUGAUAGAGCCAGAAUUCAAGUUUAAACCUGCUAUGGCUUCAUAUAUGUUUUUUCCACCUUACAUUGCCAUCCAAAAAUAUGACUUCCCGGAACAAAAAGUUAUAAAAUAUAAUUAUUAUACUGGAAGAAAAUUAAGUGAGAAUUGCAUGUAUGUCAACUUUGCCUUUAAAGUUUAUUUCAUAUUUUUGUAUGGCAAUAAAAUUCAAAAACAAUAUAAUGGGCAACAAACUAAAUUAAGCAGAGAUGGAUGUUCAGAGCCAAUCUGUAGGAAUUUUAGUAUAAUGAGUGUCAUCAAAAUAAAUGCUUUAGUUCUCAAAUUAUUGUGUCUACAUGCUAACUGUAGACAUUUGGGUUUCAUACUUAGACUUAACAAAGAGAUUCUACUGUUUCUACUGUUACUGUACAUGAAGUAUUACACUCUGUAUCUAUUCUCGUCGAGGCCAUGUAAAAUGAGCAGUUGGGAAUAAGGAUGAAGCUGUCAGACUCCCAGUGCUAAGUAUUUUUUCACACUUCAUGACCAUUUUACAUGUGGAAAUCAUAGUUGUCCAUGCCAUAAAUGUUACAUAUUCAACUAAUAACCCUUUAAAAGCAAAAGGUAGAGUUUACACAGAAUAAUGGGUGUGGUUGGAAAGCUUUAGCUCUGCAUCUAGAGAAAAAUUCACUGAUUUCUUAUGAAGUUAGAUGAUUCAGAAACAAAUGGUAAAUCAUUACAUACAUGUUUCUUUUGGUCAAAUAAACCAUUAUAUUUAAUGCUAC